AGUCCCGGCCGCCGAUGAAGCCUUUCGGGCAGAGGAGAAGGCAGAAUGUGUGCCAGGGCAGCCUGGGCGGCUGUGCCAGGCUUUGCAGCGUAAAGCAGCGCGGCCCAGCUCGAUAACAACCUCUGCUUUGGGUCUGGGCCUGCCUGAUCCCAGGUACAGGUGUGCUUUAACCCAGUGGAGCAAUUGUCUCAGCCCUGUCCUUUGGGAGUUGCAGGUCUGUGCCUGCAGGAGUGAGACAGCAGGAGCCGUGGCAUGCUCAGGAGAGCGGGACCGUCCCUCCGCCACUUCUUGCUGGAGAAGAACAGCAGUGCUGGACAUAGCUCGUGCUCCAGAGAGGGCUCCUGGCUGGGUGUUUGCAAAGAUCUCUGGUAAGGGCUGAAGCUGUAUAAAAAUCCAAGGACCUCAGCACAAAGUAUCCUUGGGGCACUACCCAAAUUCUGCUGCGGUGCUGUGGGAACAGCAGAGGGGAGCAGGCAAAAAUGUCAAGGCCAGUGCAAGCUCGGAGGCUGGAGGGAAUAGAUAAAAAUAUCUGGGUGGAGUUUGUAAAACUGGCUGCUACCUACUCCAAGGUGAACCUGGGCCAGGGCUUCCCUGACUUCCCUGCACCAGAUUUCCUGACAGAGGCACUCACGAGAGCCCUCGGCGGGGGGAACCACAUGCUGCACCAGUACACCCGUGCCUUUGGCCACCCACCUCUGGUGAAGGUCCUAGCCCAGUUUUUCGAGAAGCUGCUUGGACGAGACCUGGAUCCUAUGACCAAUGUGAUGGUGACUGUGGGGGCAUACCAGGCCCUGUUCUGCUGCUUCCAGGCUUUAGUGGAUGAAGGUGAUGAGGUGAUAAUCAUUGAACCCUUCUUUGACUGCUAUGAGCCAAUGGUGAAAAUGGCUGGUGGGACACCUGUGUUUGUGCCUCUGAGACCGAAUCCUCCAAAAGAUGGAAAAUUGAUGUCUAGUGCAGACUGGCAGCUGGACCCUGCUGAACUGGCUUCUAAAUUCAGUGAACGGACAAAAGCCAUCGUCCUGAACUCACCCAACAACCCUCUGGGCAAGGUGUUCAGCCGCGGGGAGCUGGGGCUGAUUGCAGAGCUGUGUGUGAAGCACGACGUGCUGUGCAUCAGCGACGAGGUGUACGAGUGGCUGGUCUACGACGGGAAGCAGCACAUCCGCAUCGCCAGCUUGCAAGGGAUGUGGGACCGCACGGUGAUCAUCGGGAGCGCUGGGAAGACCUUCAGUGCCACUGGAUGGAAGGUGGGCUGGGUUGUGGGACCUGACAGGCUGCUGCAGCACCUCCGUACCGUGCACCAGAACUCCGUGUACCACUGUGCCACAAUUGCCCAGGAGGCCGUGGCUCAGGGUUUCCAGAGGGAGCUCAUGCUCUAUGGAAAACCAGAGAGCUACUUCGUCCAGCUGCCCAAGGAGCUGCAGCAGAAGAGAGACUGGCUGGUUCAGAGCCUGGAUGGGGUGGGGAUGAAACCCAUCAUCCCAGAGGGCACCUACUUCCUGGUGGCAGACAUCUCCCCGUUCAAAUCUGAUGUCCCUGAUGUCCCCAACUCAGAUGAGCCCUACGACUCCAGAUUUGCAAAGUGGAUGGUCAAGAACAAGGGGCUUGCUGCCAUCCCGCUCUCCGCUUUCUACAGCGAGGCCCACAAGAACAACUACACCAAUUUCAUCCGGUUCUGCUUUGCAAAGGAGGAAGCUACCCUGAAGGCAGCAAGUGACAUAUUGCAAAAAUGGAAACAGGAGAAAACCAGCUCCUGAAUACACUGAGAACCACGCUCUCCUUGGCCAUCAUCUGCCCCAGCUGCUCUUCUUCUUCACUUGUCUACAAACUUUGGUAUGUUCUUACUUCAGUGCUUUCAACAACAUUUUCUGACAGACAAAUGGUUAAGUUUUUCCAGGCCCAGGACCUGGGGGACAUUUUCAAUCACUGUGAAAUGAUUUCAAGAAGUGAGACUUUGUGUGCACUGACAGCAUUUGAUAUUUCUUACAUGUGAAAACUUUGAUAAUCAGUUCUGGGAUACGUCCAGCAACACACAAGGUGAGGAUGGCUUCUGGGCUCUGUCUCAUCACCAAAUUCUGAAAAGGUGUUUCAGGACCUAUCUUUAAGGCUGUGCUUUAGUGUGGCUUGUCUUGUUCCACAUCCCCACUCAGGGCAGCAUUUCCACCAGCACUCACGUUCCCACAGGACUAGAGAGUAUCACCAGCCAUCAGUAAGGUGACUCCUAUGAUCCUGACAAUUACAAACCCAGUGAAAUGACAUUUGUCAUCAUAAAUUAUUUUCCCACUAUUUUUCUCUUUGCAUCUCUGGGGAAAAUGACCACACAAUUGGUUUUCCCCAGGAAACAGGCUUUCACCAUUAGCCUGGCUAUUGUCAAACCUUCCAGAUUACUCCUGGCACUUUCUCAGGGCUUGGCAGCAUCGUCCAGGCUCCAGAGCAGAACUUUUUCUGGCCUUUGACAAAUGCACACAGUGGCUGGGGAGAAUGGGCACUGUGGCUUUGGCUGCUCCUGCUGCUGGUGGCCACCACAACCUCCCACCCAGUGAGCUGGUGGGGUAACAUGAACAAUUCUGGACAGUUAAUUCUUGCAUCAGCAUUGAUGUCAGCCUGGAUAAGAGUGUAAAACAUCAUCAUCAACCAUGCGGGAGUUGUGUGCAACAGACUGUGCAAUGAGUGUUUGUAGCAGAUAAAUUAUUAAAGAAGAAUUACUGCAA